UUUUUUUUCAAACCCCUAUCCUCUUUUUUCUUCUUUAAAAUCAAUUUUUUCGGCCAAUGAGGAUAUGCCACGCGCGAUAUUUUGACAAACGAUCAGGUUCAUCUCCUCUCCCUUUGUUUUUGCCCUUUCUUCUCCCUUCCCUUCUUCUUCCCUUCUUUCCCCCUCUUCCCCCUUCCUUUCUUCCCCUCUUUCUUCCCUUCUUCCCUUUGCUUUGCUAACAACUCGCGCAAUAAUUUUUGCCUUUUUCUC